CUUCUUGAUCAGAUAAACAUCAACUCUUAUGUACCAAAGUUUAAAAGUCGAGUAUUGGAGUCUUACCACUCAGAUCAUAAAGCUGUCUACAUAUCAAUAGAAAUGAAGUGAACAUGGGAAUGAAAUACAAGAAAAGAUGAAGGUCAAUAAGCAUUUAUUACUCUAUCGAGACUGAGAAAAGUUGAGCAUGCUGUCCUACCGACAGUUCUUGUUUUGCAUCGAAUCAAAGUUGGGACCAACACGACUGCGAGACGGUCAUGGUAGACAACAAUGAGGAGUUGUACAUCGGUACAUUGUACAUGGGAGGGGGCAAGCAUCCCAAGUUCGUCCGUCUCCCUAGCAACGCAUGGGGCUCGCACCACCGCGUGCAGGUCGACGAGGGCGUGUUCUUCAACAUGACGUCAUGGAUUGUGGGUCAUGUUGGAGCUGAUAUCUCGCCAAUUGGACGUGAGGUUAUAGUGAAGACGUACUUACAGAUCUACUACUUGUACAUCCCAGACGGAGAUUACUACGCGCACAUGACGUCACCUCCGGUCCUGAUACUAUAUGACAUUGAACUUCAAGGCGAGGCCGUGUGCUUCGAUAGCGUGGGGUCCGGGUAUUACACGGUCAGCGAAGGGACGCGCCCAGCCCUUCACUACUAUAGGAGAAGCGGGAAUUCCCCGGGCAUCGUGGGUUGAUGACCUCAUCAUCAUUUUUAGGUUAUUGUGUUGAGUGUUUGUAUGUUAGAACUUGGGUAAAUGAAUAAAAUGCGUUAAUACAACGUAAAUAAA